AUGGCGCGCACUCGGGAACAACAACUCCACGCCGCGCGCGUGGUGAGCUUGGUGGCUUCCAUGGCCAUUUCGUUGGCGGCGGGGACGAAUUACGCCUACUCGGCCUACGCACCACAACUGGCCGAACGACUGGCGCUGAGCGCGACGGAGAGUAAUCUGAUCGGGACUUUUGGGAAUCUCGGAAUGUACCUCUCCGGAAUCCCGAGCGGAAUGCUGGUCGACAACAAGGGCCCGCGUCCGCCGAUGCUGAUCGGCGCCGUCUGUCUGUUUUUGGGAUAUUUUCCUAUUCACCUAGCGAUGUUGAAUGGCGAGGGAUACAUGAGCAUUCCUGCGCUCUGCUUCUUCUCCACCUUGACGGGGGUAGGGAGUUGUUGCGCUUUUGGGGGGGCGCUAAAGAUGGCGGCCCUCAACUGGCCCGGACACCGCGGUACGGCCACAGCCCUCCCGCUCGCCGCAUUCGGCCUCAGCGCCUUCUUCUUCUCGUGUCUAUCCUCCUGGCUCUUUCCCGGCAACACGGACUCAUUCCUCCUCAUGCUGGCCAUCGCUACGAGCGGCAUCGUCGUAGUCGCAUUCUUCUUCUGCCGCAUUGUGCCGGUGCCGGGAUCCUACGCCGCUGUCCCGAGUCACGACCCCGAGGCAGCCGCCAGCAGACUGCAUCUCCACCGCACAAAGUCCGGAGAGAGCGGACACUCGGGACGGUACGCCGAUGAUGAUUCGCUAGGUACAGCCCAAGACCAUCCCCAACUGCCAGCCCUCAUUGUCAUUCCCAACCCCGACCCGAUCCCGGACGAGGAGUCGUCGCUGUUUUCAAAAUCCACAUCGUCCUCGACAUCGAGUGAUGAGAACAUCCGGGAUGCCGAGAGUAUUCGUAGUACUAGGGACGCACAUAGUGACUCGGGUGUCGGUGUUGCUCACCAUGUAGAUAUUCGAGGAUGGGCGCUCGUGCGGAGCUCGGAAUUUUGGUUGAUAUUUACCAUGCUGGGAGCACUUACCGGAGUCGGGUUGAUGACCAUCAACAACAUCGGUCACAACGCGCAAGCCCUCUGGAACGUGUACGACCCCUCCAAAGGCGCUGAUUUCGUCCAAGCCCGACAGUCACUGCACGUCUCGAUCAUCUCCAUCGGAUCUUGCACGGGGCGCAUACUCAGCGGCAUAUCCUCCGACGUCCUGAUCAGAAAGUUCGGCACGCAGCGCCUCUGGCUCAUCAUCUUCAGCUCGUUGCUCUUUUUCAUCGCGCAACUCGCGGCAUUGAACAUCAGCAACCCCGUGCACCUCUGGGCAGUGUCCACCCUGACAGGGCUGGGGUACGGCUUCCUCUUCGGCGUGAUGCCCACAAUCGUCAGCGAGGCCUUCGGUGUCCACGGCCUGUCCACUAAUUGGGGGACCAUGACGAUCGCCGCCGUCAUCUCGGGGAACACGCUGAAUCUGUUCUACGGCAAGGUGUUUGACGACCACAGUGUCCGCGACGACCAAGGACGCAGGUGGUGCAGCAGCGGAUUGGAGUGCUAUCGGAAUGCGUAUUGGAUCUCUACCCUCGUGGUGAUUCUGGGCUUUGCGGUUACUGUGGUAGGGUUGCUCAGGCACAGGGGCAGGGGGAAGGCGUGA